GCUAGACACGCCCUUUUAAAAGAUGGCGGACAAGAGUGUUCAAGAUUUUAUGAAUUUGACAGGAGCCUCGGCAGAAAUUGCAAGGAGCCUCUUGGAAGCAUGUUCUGGUAAUCUAGAACUAGCCAUCGGUAUGCACUUGGACACUGUAACUCCACACGACCACAGCAAUCAUGGACUUGAAGAAAGUGACCACACCCCUCCCUCCUCCUCCCUUUCUCCCUCCACUUACCAAGAAACUCAUGGUGUACGUGCUCCUAUCCCACAGACCCAAGGAGUCCUCAUUGAACAAGAACCAGUACCAAGACGGACAUUUCAGAGGCGGAAGCUACCAGCGUCUGUUUUUGAUCCAUUCCAAGAUUUCUCCCAGAUGCCUUCUUCUUCUUCUUCUUCUUCAAGGAAGCACCAGGUCCUAGCUGAAUUAUUCAAGCCUCCAAUCGACCUAAUGUAUCAAGGAACCUUUCAUGAGGCUCGCAAGUAUGGCCAGUCUCAGCAAAGAUGGCUCCUCGUCAAUCUUCAAGACUCGAGAGAAUUUAAGUGUCAAGUGCUGAACAGAGAUAUAUGGAGGAAUGCUUCGAUCAGGAAAUUACUAAAAGAACAUUUUAUUUUUAUUCAGAUUCAGCGUAUAACUGAUGAUGGUAGUAAAUUCCAGCAGUUAUAUGGUGUCGAUACAUUUCCCACUGUCCUUAUCAUUGAUCCUAGAACAGGUGAGAAAAUGGUAAACUUACAAGACUUGACUGUCUCCAGCUUCCUUAAUGAAGUUCAAGAAUUCCUUGCCUUCAACUCUUUGAAAAACAACCACAAGUCACCAAAUGCAAAGAAAUCAUCAAUCUACGAUCAGUCAGAGAAGGAGCAGAUUGAAGCGGCCAUUAGAGCCUCCAUGAAGGAACAGACCAAAGACUCUGGUCUCAUUACACUGGACAGCGAUAGUGAUCACUUAUGGUCGCCCGGGACUGACAGCGACCAGUGUGAGAAUGAGACAGGAGAGGGAAAAGAGAGGAGCACAGCUGGUGGGGAGGGUGACUCGUUAUGUAUUGUAAAUAUAACUAAUAACCAACAGCCCUCGACAAGCAGACAUAAGAGAAAGAGAGAUGAGAGUCAGUAUGAUGGAAACAUGGAGACAGACCUUACUGCCGGACUCCUACCACCCACAAAGCAACUCUGUCUUAGUAAUGAUACUGCAACAAGGACUAGCACUCACUUAGCAUCGUUACCUCCAUCAUCACUGACCGUUCACAUACAUGACAAUCAUGAUAUUGAUGGAGGGGAGAAGGGACCUUCUGGAGAAGGAGCAGCUGUGUUGGUAGAGAUGUGUACGUUAUUGAUCAGGUGCCCUGAUGGUCGGAGAACACUCAAAAGCUUCAGAUUAGACAAUCCAAUCAGAGAUCUUUUCACGUAUUUAAACGAAGAAGGUAUCUCUUUGAGUCAAUAUGAAGUCAUCACAACCUUCCCCCGUAGAGUCGUAUCCCUUUUGCCACGGGACACAACCUUCAGACAAGCAGGACUUUAUCCCAGACAUACUCUUUAUGUACAGUUAAUUGAUGAUGAAUGAAGAUAGGGAAAUGUUCAAUAGAAUAUGUCAUCAUGUAAAGGUGUCCUUAACCAGCUCUCAUUGUCAAUAACCCUAACCUCACUCACUGCCUCUCAAUAGAUAUUGUUAUAAUAAUUCUGCACAAAACAAUUUAUUAUUUUUGGUUUUGAAUAUUCUGUUUUAUUAGAUUUUCAUAAUCAAAUUCAACUCUAUA